GGAGAAAUAUCAAUCGAAUAACAGUGCUGUGUUCGGUGAAAUGAGAAUGCUGAUUGAAGAUUCCUAUACGAGCCCUGAGUACAGGAGAAAGCUUACAGCACACAUGUAGGCCUGAAUUUUGUGCGUAAUGGUGCUGUGCUCAAGGGCAGAGGUAGUGGAGUUGCUUCAAAAUUUGUCCCAGGAGCUUCGCACAAAAGGAACUUUCACAACACUGAAGGAGACUUUGAAGAAGGAAGAAGAUCAAUUCCGUGAAAUGGAAGAGAUUUUUUGCAGGGAAAAAGAGUCACGUGAAAAAAUCAACGCACUGAUGUCGGACAUUGAAAAAAGCAAGAAGGACGGGGUUCGGUUGAUCGAGCGAAGUAAAGAGAUGAUUGCAAACCUGAAAGACCAGGUGCAGGAACUGAAAGCCAGAUCCAUCAUGGAGGGAAAAUAUGUGGCACGCUGCUCAGCGGUCGAGUUGGACGAGACAGAAUAUCAGUGCCAAGCGCGUGAACAACAAUUGGCCGAAGAAAUCAAGCAAGUCGCCGUAAUGCGGGACCAAGAGAGUCGUGUUGCCUCGGAAACCCAAUCGUUCCUACGGGAUAGAGUUGGCGAAUUGAACGAGGUAUGA